GAGCGGAGCCGGAGAACGGCGGUGGCGGCGGCGGCGGCGGCACCAUGACCCUGGGCAGCUGCUGCUGCGAGAUCAUGUCCUCCGAGAGCUCCCCGGCCGCGCUGUCCGAGGCCGACGCAGACAUAGACGUGGUGGGCGGCGGCGGCGGCAGCGGUGGGGGGGAGCUCCCUGCCCGCUCCGGGCCCCGCGCCCCCCGGGACGUGCUCCCCCAUGGCCCCGAGCCUCCUCCGGAGGAAACCGAGGCGGAUGCAGCCGAGGACGAGGAGGAGUCCGGCGGCUGCUCGGACGGCGAGCCCCGCGCUCUAGCGCCCCGGGGGGCGGCGGCCGCAGCGGGAAGCCCCGGGCCAGGCGCGGCGGCGGCCCGGGGUGCGGCGGGGCCCGGGCCGGGACCGCCGUCGGGGGGCGCGGCGACGCGGAGCCCGCUGGUGAAGCCGCCCUACUCGUACAUCGCGCUCAUCACCAUGGCCAUCCUGCAGAGCCCCAAAAAGCGCCUGACGCUGAGCGAGAUCUGCGAGUUCAUCAGCGGCCGCUUCCCCUACUAUCGGGAGAAGUUCCCUGCUUGGCAGAACAGCAUCCGCCACAACCUCUCGCUCAACGACUGCUUCGUCAAGAUUCCCCGCGAGCCGGGCAACCCGGGCAAGGGCAACUACUGGACGCUGGACCCGGAGUCGGCCGACAUGUUCGACAACGGCAGCUUCCUGCGGCGCCGCAAGCGCUUCAAGCGGCAGCCGCUACCGCCGCCGCAUCCACACACGCACCCUCAUCCGGAGCUGCUGUUGCGUGGCGGGGCUGCGGCGGCGGGGGACCCCGGCGCCUUCCUGCCGGGCUUCGCCGCUUAUGGCGCCUACGGUUACGGCUACGGCUUGGCGCUCCCGGCCUACGGCGCACCCCCACCGGGCCCGGCCCCGCACCCGCAUCCACACCCGCACGCCUUCGCUUUCGCCGCCGCCGCCGCGCCUUGCCAGCUGUCGGUACCCCCAGGCCGCGCCGCUGCUCCUCCACCCGGACCUCCGACGGCCUCGGUGUUCGCGGGCACAGCCUCGGCUCCGGCCCCUGCGCCGGCCCCGGCCACAGGGUCGGGCCCCGGCCCCGCAGGCCUGCCCGCCUUCCUGGGCGCCGAGUUGGGCUGCGCCAAAGCCUUCUACCCCGCGUCGCUGAGCCCUCCCGCAGCCGGCACCGCGGCUGGUCUGUCUACCGCACUCCUGCGCCAGGGCCUCAAGACGGACGCGGGCGGUGGUGCGGGCGCGGGGGGCGCCGGGGCCGGGCAGAGGCCUUCCUUCUCUAUAGACCACAUCAUGGGCCACGGUGGCGGCGGGGCAGCACCCCCGGGCGGAGGCGAGGGCUCCCCGGGAUCGCCUUUCGCGGCGGCGGCGGGUCCUGGGGGUCAAGCCCAGGUCUUGGCCAUGCUGACUGCCCCAGCCCUGGCUCCAGUGGCCGGCCACAUCCGCCUCUCACACCCCGGGGACGCGCUCCUGUCCUCAGGGCCCCCGUUUGCCAGCAAAGUCGCCGGCCUCAGUGGCUGCCACUUCUGACCACGUCGAGCUCAGGGCCGGUAAGGCCCGCACUCAGCCUCUCCCGGGAGCUCCUGCGGUCCCAGCGGAACUCAGGGAGUCUAUUUAUGAAGAGUCUCCAGACCUUGGGCCGGCGCUCGUGACUUGGCACUUCAGGCUCCACGCUCAGAAUUUUGCUGAUAGUUGGGACGAAGCGGGCUCCAUCGCUCAGGGAGAGGCCCAGGUCUAUGCGAUGAAGUCGCAAGCCAUGAUCCCACUCCAAUAUGAGCAGUAAAAGGGGCGGGGGGGGGGGGGGAAACCUUCACUUUUUCCCA